AUGUCUUCACAGCUAUCUGAACGUCCCAAGCAUGAGCUUUCCAAAGCAGAAUUGGAAGAACUAGAGGAGUUUGAAUUCAAGCAUGGUCCAAUGUCCCUGAUAAACGAUGCUAUGGUAACGAAAAUACCUGUAAUAAUCUCAUUGAGAAAUAAUCAUAAAAUAAUAGCAAGAGUAAAAGCCUUCGACAGGCAUUGCAAUAUGGUUCUAGAGAAUGUGAAGGAGCUUUGGACCGAGAAAAAAGGCAAAAAUAUAAUCAAUCGUGAGAGAUUCAUCAGUAAAUUAUUCUUAAGAGGUGAUUCAGUUAUUGUUGUGUUGAAGACCCCUGUUGACUAA